AUAACUAAUCGAUCCGACCCGACCCGAUCCGAAGUCCCUAUAAAUAUUGAUGUGUAACUAAUGAGUGUUACACAUCACACAAUUAAAUUAAAUAAAAGCAAAAUGGAGGGAAAGAGAAUCAAGUUAUCUCAUGUUCUUGCUUUCCUGCUUCUUGCAUCACUUUUUCAAACACUGAUGGCAAGAGAUUUGAUCAGUGAUGGCAUAGAAGUGCUACAACUUCCAGUGGAAAAUGAUGGUGAAUUUGUAUUUUGCCCAGGUAAGCAAUCAUGGCCUGAACUUGUUGGAAAAUCAGCAAGAUAUGCAAAACAAGUAAUUCAGAAGGAAAAUCCAAUAGUAACUCAAUUUACACUUUUAUUUCCUGGUAUGCCUAAGCCAGCAGCAUAUAUUUGUGGUAGAGUUUAUUUGGUUGUUAACUGGAAACUCAUUGUUCAAGUUACUCCCUCUAUGGGUUAGUAACAUUAUGUUAUCAAAAAAUUAAAUGAAGUCUCUUCAUUUACUCUACUAUUUCAACAUAAAUAAAACUAAUGUUCCUUAUUUUUAUUGUAAUGCUAUAUAUAUGUAUCUACCCUU